GGGAAAUCGACCUUUUGAAGACCACCACUCUUCCGAAGAUAUGCUACUUGUAUGGAUGGCACUUUCGGACUUGAAUCUUAUCAUAUCGAAAUGCUCAUCGCUUAUAAAACAAACUUUGUCAUUUCAUCAGGUUUCUUGAUGCCAGUUCGUAUCCACAAUCAGAACGAGACCGUGCAAAGAUUUUGCGGCACUUCAGCGUACCACCUUUUGUGACAAAUGAUACGUGCACUCUUAUGAAUGGGUACUUUGGAUGCAGGGGAACUUAUGACAAGGAUAAUAAGCUGCAAGAUUAUGUUACAUGGUUCCGUUGCUUGGUAAAGUUAAUAUACAGUCAAAGAGCGACAAAUGGACUAAGUAUCGACUACAAAUGGCACGAAAUCGGUGUCUUCACUAGAUGGGAUAGCCCAAGCUGUUGCAGGAUAUUAUGUGUUGAUGCGCCAGAAGCGUUACGCCAAGACCUGAAGAUAUCCCUUGAUAAGUUGUCCACGCUGGACCUGAAAGAUCCGUUUUGCAUGCAUGUGCCAUUGCUUGACGAGAUAGUGAAAUUGCACGAUCAGUCUUCAUGGGGGCUCCGGGAUACUGUUCGGGCAAUUGAGAAGAACAGAGUCGAAAUAGGAACAAAUUUCGAGAAUAUGAACGAAUUGUCUCGCCAUGGAGACCAUGUCAUAGAGGUCCUGGAGGCGACGAUUGGGACAUUUCUGAAGAUACAGGAACAGCAGAGACGAGUUUACGAUUGUUUGCCAGCAGAGACCAGCAAGACCUAUCAAGAGCAGGCGCAGGAGUAUGUGGGUUUUCAGCUGUUGAUGAUUCAAAACCUGCUACUACGCUCAAAGUCGUCAUAUGAGCGACUGAAGACGGAGACUAUGGCGGCAUUUAAUAGAAUCACUCAGCGGGACAGCUCGGUGAUGAAGUCGAUAUCCAUAUUGACUAUGGUGUUCCUGCCGGCCACAUUCAUCUCUACCUUGUUCAGCACGCCUUUCUUCCAAGACGGUGACGAUCAGUGGAAAGUGUCCGAGGACUUUUGGAUAUACUGGGCGGUAUCCAUGCCGCUGACCUUCGUCAUAUUCGUUAUCUGGGCGUUAUUCCCCUAUGCUUUGGAUGCGUGGAAGGCAUUCAAGUGGAGAGCUUUGAGAGGGAAGAGUAUUAAGAUGCAGCAACAUGUGUAGUGCUUAAGAACGGCUUGUUUCAUUGGUUAUGGCAGGUGCUGCUCAGACCAACGUUACUCCCCAUUUCCCAAUGGCUAUCAGGGUAUGGUUAUCUAGGAGGGACACAUCCUGGUGCGUUUGUAUACUCAUAUAAUCAAGCACAGCUUG